AGUGCACUAUCAAAGAACAAUUAAUUUCAACGAUCGUCAAUCCAGUUUUAGUUUAUAUGUUUUAGUUUCAGUAUGUUUUCUACACAAUAACAAAGUACACAUAAAACAAUCAAUUUUUUUGAUAAAAAACAAAAAUUUGUGUUUUAAAAAAUUUGAAAGUCGCACCAAAAUCAUUUACAGUUAUCUUUUUUAUCGGCAUCAUCUCGCGCAACUGACCUCCACAUGACAUUGACAAUUUUUAAGAAUAUUUUGAAUCCAGCGGCGGUGAGAGGUUCAUUUUCAUCAGUAAAAAUGGCACUAAACAAACUCGCAAUCGAUGCAAUUGAUCUCGCAAACAAAAGAGUUCUGAUGAGAGUGGACUUCAAUGUCCCCUUAAAAGAUGGUGCCAUAACUAACAACCAAAGAAUCGUAGCAGCUUUAGAUACCAUCAAGUAUGCCCUGGAUAAACAAGCGAAAAGUGUAGUUCUUAUGUCUCACUUGGGAAGACCAGAUGGCAGUCCCAAUCCAAAAUACACCUUAAAGCCUGUUGCUGGAGAACUGGAAAAAUUACUGAGCAGGCCAAUCCAGUUCUUACCUGAUUGUGUUGGUUCCGAAGUUGAAAAGGAGUGUGCUGAUCCCAAGCCUGGUUCUGUUAUUUUGUUAGAAAACUUGAGAUACCACAUUGAAGAAGAAGGGAAGGGUGUAGAUGCCAGUGGUAACAAAGUUAAAGCAGAUCCUGCCAAAGUCAAAGCUUUUAGAGAAAGUCUUCGUAAAUUGGGAGAUGUAUACGUUAAUGAUGCAUUCGGUACUGCACACAGAGCCCAUUCGUCAAUGAUGGGAGAAGGAUUUGACAAGAGAGCUUCAGGAUUUUUGCUUAAAAAGGAACUGCAGUAUUUCGCUAAGGCUUUGGAUAACCCCGAAAGGCCCUUCUUGGCAAUUUUGGGGGGUGCUAAAGUAGCAGAUAAAAUCCAGCUGAUUGAAAAUCUGUUAGACAAAGUAAACGAGAUGAUUAUUGGUGGUGGUAUGGCAUACACAUUCCUUAAAGAGAGCCAAGGCAUGAAGAUUGGAGAUUCCUUGUAUGACAAAGAAGGAGCAAAAAUCGUGAACAAACUGUUGGAAAAAGCUAAAGCCAACAACGUUCAGAUACAUUUACCCGUAGAUUUUGUUGUUGCUGAUGGAUUUUCUGAAAAUGCCAAGACUGAUUCCGCUACCGCUGCAGCGGGUAUUUCUGAUGGAUGGAUGGGACUCGACAUUGGACCAAAAACUAUCGAACAAUUCAGAGAACCUGUCAGGCGUGCCAAAGUUAUCGUUUGGAACGGACCUGCUGGUGUAUUCGAGUGGGAUAAAUUUGCUACAGGAACUAAAGCCAUUAUGGAUGAAGUUGUGAAUGUCACUGGCAAAGGAGCCAUCACUAUUAUUGGUGGAGGCGAUACAGCAACCUGCGCAGCCAAAUGGAAGACCGAAGACAAAGUAUCUCACGUUUCAACCGGAGGUGGUGCCAGUCUCGAACUGUUGGAGGGAAAAGUUCUUCCAGGAGUCGCCGCGUUAUCUGAUGCCUAAGAACCAUCGUUUUCUUCAGACGUUUCUAGAAGAACUCAGACCAAACGUUACUCAUACAUAUUCCAAAGUCUGCAUAAAUCUGUGUUCAACAUGGGAAGACGCGUUAUCAAAUUUGUGGUCUGAGGAUAAAUUCCUGCAAAAUUUUGAGUGUCUGUUACUGUAUGUUCAUAUAAUGUUCCACAAUUUAUUUAUGUAGAUAUAUUUCAUUUGUUUUUGUCCUCGUUAGACAAUAAAAAUAUUUAUCGAU